AUGCACGAUCCGUUUGAACAUCCGGCUAUAAAAGACUACAUGCCGACCAAGCUGAAGGGCAAGACCUUUCGGAUAUGGGCGGAUGAACAGAAAUGGGACCGUCGAUUACGGACCAAUCCCUUCGGGAAGAGCCGAAACAAGAUUGAGCUUAAAAGUGCUGAGGACGCUCAAGUGAAAGAAAUCCGCCGAAAAGACCAGGAAGCCGGGCAAAGUGCCGCUCUUGCAUCUACCUCUCUCAUUGCCACUAGUGGUACAAUUUUCGAUUUUGGGAAACAGGGCAAUGAUGUGGUAACGUUCCUUACAGUUAUUAGCGGCUUGGUGGGAGUAUUGCUCUCAUCAAUGGAGAAUUCUCUACCUGUCGCGGUUUCUAUUAUAAUACACAACACCACCGAUACCGAUGCAGGCCUGAUAAACGUCGCAGUUGUAGGAUACGGAAAUAAGGUGCAGGCGCCCUUGGCAGUUCUCAGCUCUUUCAAUCUCCGAGCUACAAUGCGUUACCCCGAAGACGGGCCAAGCCUUUGUUACGGAAAGAUUCUCGGUGAUUUUGUCAACGUGAAAAAAGACUGCCGCAAAUGGCUGACCCACUGCUGCCAAAAUCAUGGAAACUCCUGUGCAAAGCCGGAUUGGUGUGCUAAGCUACCCCCGUCGUCGGGAAAGGACUUCAGACUGAUCGAUACUGCCGACGAUCUCAGCAUCAAGAUUGUACAAGUCGACGAUGUCAAGACAUCUUUACAAGGGUACACAAUACCGGAGUAUGCAGCCCUUUCGUACGUCUGGGGCGACGCAGGAGAGAACGCCAAGAAACUUCAUUUAUCGAAUGUCUCGCGUCUCAGUCAAGAAGGUCUUUCACCGGCCUUGGUAGCAAGGACAAUAUCAGACGCCGUCAAGGUCACCAAGCAGCUGGGUAUACGAUACCUGUGGGUGGAUAGUUUUUGUGUCAUCCAAGAAGACCGUAAUGGACCAGAUGACCCAAUAGCACGUCAAUCACAGCUUGAUCAGAUGGGCAGCAUCUACGGCCACGCAAUUGUUGUCAUUGUUGCGGCCGGUGGAGAAGACGCUGAGGCAGGUCUGGCAGGUAUAACAAGCUCCAGGAACACUAAGCAGAUUGCGACGGAGGUCCGGCCGAAUAUCAACAUCUUGUUCCCCAUCCAAUACGACCGAUCGUACGAAAAGUGGGACACUCGGGCGUGGACACUGCAGGAAAAGCUUCUAUCAAAAAGGAUGCUUGUAUUCGAUAAGAAUUCUGUCAGUUUCCAUUGCAACGACGGCGUCUUGCGGGAAGACAUGCCAGCAAGUUAUGCCGACAACGACCCCCCUCAGAUGACCCCCGUCUUUCGGGACUCCCAGAUUGUGGCAUCAGCCAAGUGA